AUGACUUCUGCUGAACGAAUUCUGGCUUACACUGAAAUCAAACCAGAGAAAGGACACGAGAUCAAUGAACAACCGCGUAAAGAAUGGCCAGAUUUAGGCAAAAUAAAGUUCAAAAAUGUUUCAUUGCGAUAUUAUGAAAAUGGACCUAAAGCAUUGAAAGAUUUAUCAUUUCAAAUCAAUCCAUGUGAAAAGAUUUGUGUUGCAGGAAGGACAGGUGCUGGCAAAUCUUCCCUGAUUGCUGCGCUCAUGAGGAUUGGCGAAAUUGAGGGAAAUAUUAUCAUAGAUAAUGCCGAUAUCCAAUAUUUAAAUCUGCAAUCUACUCGUCAACGGAUUUCUGUGAUUUCUCAGUCUCCUGAGCUUUUCAACGGUUCUAUCAGAGAGAACCUAAAUCCAACAGGAGAAUUCGAUGAUACUGAAAUAUGGAAAGUUUUGGAUCAGAUGCAAAUGAAGUUUUCUUGUUCGAAGUUUACCAGAAAAGCUUGA